AUGAACGUUCAGUCCUGCAGAACUUUCGAUAAUUCCGUGUCUUCUGUAAUUCCAUGUCAAAUACCAGUACGUAAACUGACCAAGGAAGAGAACAUUAAACAAUGUGGGAAUAACGAUCAACGAAUACAAUAUCUAGGACAUCGGACAAUCCAGUGUGUUACCGCUGUACAAUUUGCCCACAACGUCGCACAAGAUUUGGUUUGA